UAUCGUUUGUCUGGUGUAAUAGCAUUCCUCGGCCUGACCUUCUAUAUACGGCCGUUUGCUAUGGGUCCUGGAGUGACUUUCCCCAAGCGCACAAAUGCAAAACUGCUCUCCACACGGGUUAGAACGCGUCAACCCAUACCCACUCCCCAACCCUACCCUCUUCCCCUCAACAUCGCAAUAAUGGACUACGCAAUCCCACAGAGGCAUCUUGUGCAAGUCACAGCACCCCAGCCCGACAAUGGACUCGCACGUCAGUGACCUACGAUCCCUCGUCGAAAAGAACCUUCACAGUGUCCUCGCUUCAACAAUCCCGUUUUUAUCGACACAUUUAACAAGCAUCGGGUCCGCGCUUUGGAAAGACCCCGCGAGAUAUAUUUCGAGUACGCACGAACACGAAGAAGACGACUGGAAUACGAGUGGAAUGUCGGCUACUACGAGUAGGAUGGGGAGUAUUACCGAGGGGGUUGCGUCGGCGCCACUGAAGAUAAUGGUAGCAGCGAACAAUUCCCCCGCCGCCUUCUGCGCGCUCGACUACGCGAGAAGAUUAUGUGAGAAGCUAGGGAAUGUCCAGUAUGAUCUCCUCGUUGUCUACUUUGUCGCGCUGAACCCGCAGCGGAACGUGCCGUACCUGGACCACCUCGAACGCGCGUACAACAUGGAUAUCCAGGACACGGCCGAGAAGGACGUGGGGUUGUGCAAGGCGUAUUUGAAGACGCAUUAUAAUGGGCGGGUGAAUUAUCGGUUUUUGGAGGUGGAGGGGGAGGGGGAGACGGGGCCUUUGAUGGAGGAGUUUGUAAAUGAGUCGCAUUCGGAUCUGGACUUGUUUAUCAUCGGGACACGCAACCUGGGUACAUUGCAACGAUGGGCAUUCGGUUCCGUAAGCGACUACGUCCUGCACCACCUCUCAUGCCCCGUCACGGUCGUCAAAGACCCCUCAACGCUCGAACACGAUGAUUGAGGGCGUUCCCCCUGCAUCCCACAUAGUUCCAUCUGCUCUCCUUCCUCCUUCCGGCUAGCGCAUAAUCAGUCGCCCCGAAUCUGUAUCUAGAAAUGCGUUCCCCUCCCGGGGCCUUCCGAUUUUGGGCCAAAUGCUCCUUUUUUUUUGUCCUUUUCCGCUUACUUUUCAAUAGUUUUUGGGGCGGGAUGGGCCGGUCA